GAGGCCAUUGAACGAACUGUCAAUACGUUAUACUUUUUGUUAGGAGAAUGUAGAAACAUUGAUUUUACACGUUUUAAAGUUGUUUUUCUAAGAUUAUUUACUUUGUAUAUGAAGUUUUAGACAAUUAGCCGUCUAACUGUCACACGAUGGCAGCCACGGCACAUAACGAACUUUCGAUCGUGGACUUGAAGGUGGAGAUUGAGAGACUAAGUCGGGAACUGGACCAGGCCAGCAGCGAGAAGAUACAAUCAGCUCAGUUAGGUCUGGUACUGUUGGAGGAGAAGAGUGCGCUGCAGCAAAGAUGUAACGAUUUGGAAAGCCUCUACGAGAACACGAAACACGAACUUGAGAUCACACAAGAGGCUUUGAUGAAACUCGAUACGACACAGAAAGUGACCACACAGAGUGGUAUUGAACAGGAAAAUGCACUCCUCAAUGAAUCGGCUGCCAUGGAAAGCUCUCUCACAUUACAAAUCAUUGAACUGGAAGGAGAAUCAAAACAAUUACGUCACGAGCUGGAGCGCGUGGUGUCAGAGAGGGACCGGCUGCUGACAGAGAGCUGUGAGCUGGGCGCGGACAAGACGACGCGCGAGGCGGAGCGCGCGGCGCUGCGGGCGGAGCUGCGUGAGGCGCGCCAGCGGGAGCAGCGGCAGCUGCUGGACAUCGCGGAUCUAGAAGAUGAGAACAUCUCGCUGCAGAAGCAGGUCUCCGCGCUCAGGUCCUCACAGGUAGAAUUCGAAGGUCUGAAGCAUGAGGUGCGUCAGUUGCGCGAGGAGGCGGAGAACGCGCGCGCGAUGGCCGAGGAGACGGCGGCGCUGCGGCGAAUCGCGGAGCGCCAGCUGGCGGAGGCGCUGGAAGCGCUGCAGGCAGAGCGCGAGGCCAAGUUCGCUGCCAAAAAAGAACUCGACGCUCACCUCAGCAGAGAGGCAGCUUACAACAUCACAAAUCUCGCAUACAGUAUACGAGGUAUGCCAGACGACAGUGCGGAGGAGGAGGGCGAGCCGGGCGGCUCCUCGUCCGCGGAGCUGGCCACCGCGAUGGGCGACCACCACGCGGACCUCUUCUCCGAGGUGCAUCUGCACGAGAUAUCACGUCUCGAGAAACAGCUCGAACAAGCGCACAAUGAAAAUAGCCAGCUGACGGCGUCGAUGCGCGCGGCGCAGACGGCGGCGGAGAGCGAGGGCGCGGCGGCGGGCGCGCUGCGCACCGGCCUCGUGCGCGUCGCCUCGCGCGUCUCCGCGCUCAACGCACUGCACGCGGACUGCGCGCCCGCCGAAGAGAAAGAGGAGAAGACGUCCGGCGGCGUGCCUGCUCGUGCGGCGCGGUGGCUGACGUGGUGGCGCGUGUCUGGCGGCGAGCUGAGUGCACUGGCGGGCGCGCUGGCCGAGCUGAGCGCCGCCAGCGCCGCUCCCGGCUCCCCCGCCGCGCAGCAGCGGCAGGCGCUCGCGCAGCUCAGCGACCGCGUCGCGGAGGCCGAGCUGCGCUGCGCCGCGCUGGAGGCGGAUGCAGACUUGCUCCGUACACUUGCCGGAGGUGCUGGCCGUGCGCUGGCGAGCGCUGCGCCGGCGCUGACGUCAGCGGCGGAGACGCUGGCGCAGCUGUACCACCACGUGUGCGCGGUCAACGGCACGCAGCCCGAGCGCCUGCUGCUGGAGCACGCCGGACACCAGGACGGUGUCGGUGCGGAGGGGCGCAGCGUGGAGGAGGAGGCGCUGGCGCUGGCGGCGGGCGAGGUGGAGGGGCUGCGCGCGGCGGGCGUGGUGGCGCGCUGCGCGGACACGCUGCUGGACCAGCUGACGCACCUGCGCGCCGCGCUCGACACCGCGCUCGACUCGCGCCUCAGGCACCAGCCCGCUUCAAGUUGCAGUAAGCAAAGUAUUCCGUCUGAUGAUUACAGUAAAUUACAAAAAGAACAUUACAACAGCAAAUUAAAGGGAGACGCUAAGAGAAAACUGCAAGAAAUUAUCAUACAAUCCACCAUUAAAUAUAUUCAGAACAAACAAAAAUCUAAAGUCGAAAAAGAAACGAAUUGCUCACGAAAAAGUGUGAAAGAAAUAACAGAGUAUUUCGAAAAUAUAACAAAAUUAAAUAAUAAUAAAAUAAUCAAUGACAGGUGUAAUAUUAAUUACCAAUCAGAAAGUAAUAAUAUAUUUUGCAAUAAACUUACAAUAAAUUGUCGAAAAACGCAAGAAAAUAACAUGAUAAAUAAAAUAGAUCAAAACGAGAUUUACAAGAAUAUAUGGAAAGAUAAUAUUUUAUAUGGAAAUAUAUUACAAUUUAAAAAAUCUUCAGGUUAUAAAAGCAAUGAUAAUGGAUUGAACAGUAUAAGAGACUCGUUGAAAUCUAGUUUCAUAACUUGCAUGUUGCUUCUGCAAUAUAUUAUGUGAUGCCAUUAAUCCCAAGAUAUACAUUGAUGGAGUGCGAGGAGCGCGGCGCGGAGGUGGGCGAGCUGCAGGAGCAAGUGAUCAAGCUGAAGUCGCUGCUGUCGACGAAGCGCGAG